GGCUCGGGCCUGGCCGGCGGCGGCCGCGCUCGGCGACCGCGUUCGCACGGCUGGGGACUGCGGCGGGAUGGGGAUAGAGCUGUGCGAGCCCAGCUACCUCUACAACCUCCUCAACCAGUACCGGCGGGUUUCGCGGCUGGCGGAGCCCAACUACCUCUGCUUGCUGGACGCCCGCAGCCAGCGUGAGUACAACGAGAGCCACAUUGUGACAGCUCGCAGGAUACUCCAGAGUCCAACAGGGGAGUAUCUGGUACCAGAUUCAGAGGAGCUGAGGUGUGUCAGACACUGUGUGGUGUACGACUGUGAGACCAACUCCUUGGACUGCUGUGACUACGAGGAAGAGGAGGGAGAAAAAGCUGCUGAGGAAGGAGCUGCCCUCCGGCAUGCCCAGGGCCUGGACCAGUUCACACACCACCCUGUGCUGGUCCUGAGGGGAGGAUACCAAAGGUUCUCAGCUUCCUAUCAUUUCCUGAGGACUCAGAAGGUGCUGUGGAUGCCUCAGGAAUUAGACAACUUUCAGCCAUACCCUGUAGAAAUAUUGCCUGGGAAAUUAUAUCUGGGCAAUUUCAAGCAGGCCUGUGACCAACAAAUCCUGAAGGAUCUGAAGAUCAAAGCACAAGUCAACAUCUCUGAACAGCCUGCAGCACUCUCUGCAGAAGGUGGCAGAUACCUCCAGGUAGCUGUUCCAGAUUCACUCGAAGCAGAUCUCCUUUCCUCCUUCGCCAGCAUUUGUCACUUCAUAGAUGCUCAGCAGGAGGGUGGAGCAGUGCUGCUGUUCUCCAGCCUGGGCAUCAGCCGGAGCAGCGCCGCGGCCAUGGCCUAUCUGAUGCACUCCUGCCAGUUCUCCCUGAAGCGAGCUUGGAACCAUGUUCUGAAAUGCAAAAGCAAUGUGAGACCUCACCGGGGCUUUGUGGAGCAGCUCUCAGCCUGGGAGACCCAAAUCUACGGGACCAGGGUCACAGAUGUCUCUGAACCCAACUACUGACAGCCAGGACAGCAGCCAGGACAGCAGCCAGGACAGCAGCCAGCCAGGAGAGCAGCCAGCCGAGCAGCCAGCCGAGCAGCCAGGACAGCAGCCAGCAAAGCAGCCAGACGAGCAGCCAGGACAGCAGCCAGCCGAGCAGCCAGCAAAGCAGCCAGGACAGCAACCAGCCCAGCAGCCAGCAAAGCAGCCAGGACAGCAGCCAGCCAAGCAGUCAGCUGA